AUGGCACACGUCGCGCGUCUCCUUUCCAUUUUGCAGCUUUCACAUGAGCCUGCAUCGGCAGUCGAGACUAUUCUUCAGGAGUUUGACGCAUUGAAUGAUGCCGAAAAGAGUGACCGCGGUCUAAUCACUGCGGAAGCGGUUUUCCCCUUGGUCUUUGGCCAGGAUGCCAGUAUUCGAAGUGAUCCCCUUUUCUCUGAGCGCAACAACACCGUCUGGUCUCUCAAUUGUCAACUCACCCCAGGUGUGAUCGUCCUCCCCCGCACAAGUCAAGAUGUCGGCAAAGUCCUGGCUCUCUGCCAAGCACUCAACACCAAAUUUUCCGUUCGCGGUGGUGGCCAUCUUCAAAAUCCAGGGUUCAACAGUAAUGAAGGCGGAGUCGUGAUUUCCAUGAAAUGCUUCAAUGCCGUCACGGUGUCGCAGGAUCGGUCCACAGCCGACAUCGGCGCUGGUCUGACCUGGUUGGAGGUCUAUCGAGAUCUUGAACCGUACGGUUUGGCUGUCACUGGAGGGCGCGUUCCCUCGGUCGGUGUCCCUGGCCUACUUCUGGGAGGAGGCCUCUCCUUCCAGAAGGGUAAGUAUGGUCUCAGUUGCAAUGGCAUUGUGGAAUACGAGGUUGUCCUUGCCGACUCGACUGUCGUCAAAGUCAAUGCCACGGAAAACAAGGAUCUCUUCUGGGCUCUGAGAGGCGGAGGCUCUAACUUCGGCAUUGUUACGAAAUUCACCAUGUCGACGGUGUCCAACCAAGUCUGGGCUGAAGGCCGACUUUUCGCACCUAACGAGAACGACAAACUGCUGGAGGCGCUCGUUAGCUUCCACGAUGAAGGCGAAAAGGACCCUAACGCUUCUCUUAUCUUUAACUCCGUCCCAGAAGGUACUUUGUUGGUAUUCAUUUACGCCGAGCAUGCGGAGGAGCGACCAGCCGUCUUCAACGCAUUCAACGGCAUCAACUGUAUCCUUGAAAUGGUACCUGGAAACAAAUACACAAUUUUCCAGAUCCAGGACGAAUUGAUGAAGAGCAUCCCUGGUGCUAAGAUUACUUUUACCCUUCAACCCAUUUCAUCGAACGCAAUCAAAAUCACAAAUGCGAAUAUGGGCUCUCCGCUAGGCAUCACGGAACAACCUCAUCAAUGGUUUCUUGUCAUGACGGAAUGGACGAACCGAGAGGACGAGCCCGCUGUGCUGGAAGCUGCUCGUAAAAUCAUCGAUGCCGCCGAGACUAUCGCAAAAAAGAACGGGACAUAUCUGAAGUUCAAGUAUGCGAACUAUUCAUCGCGAGACCAGGAUCCCCAAUCAACUUACGGUGCUGAGAACUUGGCGAGACUGAGAAGUAUCGCGAGCAAGGUCGAUCCCAAUGGUGUAUUUCAGAGCUUGCAGUAUGGUGGCUGGCUGGUCAGCCAGACAGGAAAUUAG